UCGUCGCCGCAGCUAAACGCUUCCGGGUUGCUUCUCUGCGACUGUAAACAAUAACAUGAGGACACAGCCUGAGUUGUGUAACUUUUCGUAGUCGUGCAUUCCUCUGUGUUUUAUCCGGGACACAUCAUUUAAUCCUCCGCGGUCAUGUUGUUCGUCCGGGCCGCGGCUCUCGGCUGCAGAGCUCUGGCCGCUCCGCGCUGCCUCCUCGCCGGCUGCAGCUCCUCCAGAACCACCGCUUCAUACAUCCAGGGUCAGAGCCCAGAACCUCGCAUCCGAGAAUACUUCUACUACAUCGACCACCAAGGACAGCUUUUCCUCGACGACACGAAAGUGAAAAACUUUGUCACCUGCUUCAAAGAUAAACCGUUCCUGGUCUUCUUCUUCAGCCGCCUGCGUUCAAACCGGAGCGGGCGCUACCAGGAGGACUUCCCCUUCCUGUCUCUGUGCGGCAGGGAGAGGAACUUCCUGCGCUGCGACGACCGCCCCGUGGUCUUCACCCACCUGCUGCCGAGCCCCGGAGACCAGGAGCUGCUGUCGUACUGCGGCGGCGCCGAGAAGCUCUCCGUCCCGUUCCGGCCCGAGGCGCUGUACAUGCAGCCGGAGAGCGGCCGGGUUUACCACCCCUGCUCAGAGCGCUCGGGGGGGGUCGGCCUGGUCAGGUCGGCUCUGGCCAUCGAGCUCAGCCCCUUCUUUGUUUACGCGUCAGAGAGCGGUCAGUCGGGACAGCCUACGCACUUUAACUGGGGAGGACGGAAGCACACGUUGACCAAUGAGCUCGCGGCAUGUUUCCCCUCGUUAGAGGAGGGCGGCGGGCAGCAGGGGGAACUGGGUUAAUGUCCAGACCCGACAAAAGCGCAUUAGUUUAUAAAAAUAUGAAUCUGUGAAAUGAUAUCAGCUCCGUGCACUGAUGGUGACACAUCUUGACCCUCUCAAACGGUUGCAUAUCAUUCGAAGAGAUCAAAUUAUUAGAAAGAAAAUAAAUGGAAAAUAUUAAGAAAACAUGAAGCAAUGUUGUUGGAUUAUAAUGUGAUCACUCGGACACUAACACAUUUUCUUUUUGUUUAUUUUCCUCAGCGCUGAGCUCUAACUAAAAAUGCAUUAAACCCGGACGGGAGUGUGUUGAACAUCUAGUAGUUUUCUUAGUAAAUUAUGCACAAAUGUGUGUGUUUAUAUAUGAAAGACAUGAAAAGAAAAGUGUUUCUUAUUUAUAGAACAACUUAAAUUUCCUUAUUGCCAGUAUAUCCAUCCAGAAUACACAGACCUGACAUACUGGUAUGUUUGCAUAGAUUUAAAAAAAAAAAAAUGUAAAAAAUAUUCAUGACAUGACACGAAUAUGAGCAACAUUCUUAUUUAUAGCAGAGUCUGAAUAAAUAAGAUCGUCUGGUUUUAUAACAUGUCAUUAAAAAAAUAAAUAAAAGGUAUUUCGAGUUAAUUUCUCUUUUGUGUGACUAAGGUGACAUUUAUUUAUCUGCACAUGUCAAAAUGCUGAAACGAGGAAACUUAAAUGCUUUUAAGGAAACGAGAGUGAAUAAUUUAAUUCUUUUCAUGCACAUUUUUCUAACUCGAAAGGCUUUAAGAUGGAGACAGUUACUUUAAAACAAGACAUGACUAAACUCUACAUUCAUGUCGAUUCAAAUCUUAUUUUCUUUUACACUAUAUGUUCUGGACUGAAAUUUGGCUUGACUGCAUGUAAAGACGUUUCAAACCUCGUCUAAAACAAAAUCUAAUUGCAAAAUAAAGUUAAGAAACCCAGUUAUACUGUGGGACCUGUCAGACUUUUAUGGAGUGAUAUGAAUAUGAAGCUAAUAUUUGCGUAUUUUCUUGAAUAAACAGACACCAAGGUAAAACAUUUCUGUUUCCCUUGUCUGAUCUCUGACUGUCUGGUGUUUUGAUUUUUACGCACAAUUGUAGAAAAUGAAUAAGGGAGGAAAACUUUUAAGCUGCACC